AUGAAUAUUUUUUUUUACUUUUGAAUACUUUGUUACCAUAGUAACGUAUUUCUGAAUCAAAAGACAGCCCUACAGCAUAUAUCAGAGUCAGUGUUCUUGGGACUGUGUGAUAAAAUUGGGACCUCACAACAGGUGGCCAUGAGAAGAGAUAUGGUGGACAUCAUGGAGAUGGCGGAAAAUCAAGGGAGAGCAAGUGGUGAGUACAGUGAGAUGUGGAGUGGAAGUUACAGAGAAGGAUUCAGACUGAAAGAAUCAGAUAUAGACAUUAUGUUCUGGCCAAAUGAUCACCGUGUGAUCUGGGACUUAUCUCAGUCUCAGUAUUACAACACACACGGACAAACACUGAUAUUAUGUGACUGUUCUGAUAGUCCACCAGGAUUCACUUUGUUAUAUUUACUGUCACCAAGCAGGAAUCAAGUAAUCCAGGGAGCUUGUGUUAGAGUGAAUAGCGAAUAUUAUAUCUCCAGUUCAGAAUACAGAAUGAUUUGGUGUUCUGCAACUUUGCCUGACUCCAUUCCACAUGGACCCUGUGUCAGUGGAGUUAUUUCAGGGGGAGCAGAAUAUGAAUUCGCCCAUUGUUUUGUUAGUGACUUUUGGCCUCCCUCUGCCUCCUCGUGGAUAGACAGAUGUCACUCAUGGCCCAAGCCUCAUAUUGCUAAUGAAAUAGUAAAAAAUGGAUGUCACUUUGUACCAGUAGGACAUAAGCUAGGACGACAUGAGCACAAUGAAUGGAGAAUUUCUUUCUCUUUUGCAGAACACAAACUUGUGUAUGCUAUGAACCACUGCCAAUUCUUAACUUAUGGCUUGCUUAAAUUAUUCUUAACAGAAAUAAUUAACAAUGGAUUAAGUGAUGAAGAUAAAUUACUGUGUUCCUAUCACAUGAAGACAGCUGUUUUCUGGGUGAUUCAACAGAAUACAUUACAACAAUGGUGUCCACAAAAUCUCCUGGAGUGUUUCUGGAAUUGCUACAAGCUAAUCCUUAAGUGGGUGUAUGAUAGAGUCUGUCCAAACUUUUUUAUUCCCCAAAAUAACAUGUUUCUGAGUAAAGUCCAUGGUGAAGCACAGCAUCAGCUAUUUAUUAGACUGUAUGGGUUGUAUGAGAAUGGUUUAGCAUUCCUGCUACACAGUCCCUCCAUUAGGUCUUGUAAUAUAAAUGUCCUUUACAACCCCCGCCUCUCCAUCUGUACAAAUGAAAAUACUCUGAUUUCUGAGACCAGGUUUGAUAAAGAGCUGUGGAGGGAGAUACAUACAAUUAUUAUUAUUAAUAUAAGUGACGCAUUCUUCACAUCAAACCUAGAAACCUUUAUGAGAUGUCUACAUACAAUAGAACAGAUGAUAGAUUUACCCCUCCUGACUCAGUAUCAAGUCGUGAUGCUACAAAAACUUACAGCUAUUGUCAUUCAGAAAACAGCUUUUAUAUUACACAUAGCAACUUACACAAAUGAAAACAAACUGUGGUAUAGAGCUGACAAAAUUUCCUGUCAUAUGGUGAAAUUAGCAGCCAAGUUUGGUUGUAUUACAGACAUGCUGUACAUAGCCAUGUAUUAUUACAAGACACUUGGAUACAUGGAAGCUUUAUCUAUUAUAGAGAUGAUCAAGGUCAAGUUAGCACAGCCAUAUGUGAUGUAUUUGAGUAAUGUAGAUACCAAGAUGUACACUGAGGCUGUAGGGGGACAGUCCUGGUCUACAAAGAUAAAAAAGGCUGUAGACAGAGAUAUCCAGCUUGACAAUGACAUCCAUUAUAUCAAUGAAUUGGUACCAGAACAACAGUCUGCUCUACAGAACAGCCGACCUUCAUUGCGUAUCCCACUAUUUGUACUAUUAUACAUGUUAGAAAUCUUGUGUUAUAGACAUGUAGACACAUCGAGAAUACAAACAGCUCUAGAUGAUCUACAGACCCUAGUUCACCAUGAUCAGGGACAACUUAUACCUUUAUUAUACAGAGACAUAUCGUGGCAGAUUCUGGGGAUCUGUCAACAGGUGACAGGGAACCUCCAGGCUGCUCUAUACUCAUACCAACAAUCUCUCAGACAUGAACCCUUCCAUAAAAUACAAACAACUACAGAAAUGAGAAUACAGGAAACCUGUCACAGAUUACUGAAUUAGUAAAAUACCGGUAAAGCUGGACAUUUGUAGAAGCCCAUCCGAUAGAAUUUAUAAUCUGAAUAUUUCUUCUCAUUCUACCAUAUUUUCAGAAUGACCAAUUAAAAUACACGAUGCAAGAGAAUACUUUUCUUACAAACAAUUUUUAAAACAAAGAAAGUUAUAUACUAGUUAUAUUCUAGAUCUGUGGUACAUGUAUAAUAACUGUCCAAACAUCAACAAUAUUUUGAAAUGUUGUAUCUAGCUAGCAUAUGGUUAUAUUAUGUCAUAUCGUCGAGGCGUCACAUCACCCACUCAAUAGUAUGCCAUUCUCUCUCAAUAAUCAAACCGGUCAUUAGCCUUAUCCACUUCUCACUUACAGGCUAUAAAUUGUACAAUAUCAGCUGUCAGCUGAGUGCCCUUGAUGCGUCUUACAAAAAUCUGUAAGACAACACAAAGCAAAGUAAAAAUGUUUUAUUAUAAUGGUUCCAAGAGAUCAACAGUUUCAACCUACUUAAAUGAUCAUGAUCAAAAAAUUACUUGUAGUACUUUUUAGUGUUCAAGAAAUUAAAUACAACACAUGUCCAACGUUUUCUGGGCGAUACUAAAUGACAAAAUCAAUUCUGUUUCAGAUUUGAGGGUCACAGUGAGAGACCGUCUUUUUGUGCAGAUUUUUUUUCAUAAUUUCUGCUUCAUUUGAAUGAAAAUAGGACGGUUAAGUGCAAUUAUUACCCAUAGGAAGUCCAACAGAGUGUCGGAAGACUUCAUCUUCAAAACCAUAUAUUAGAUAUUGUCUUUCAGAAACUCAACCAACUUUCUAAUAUCAACUUUGGAGUACUUGUGUGUUCAAUCAUUCUGUUUUGAGCAAAACAACUUGGCAAUUCACUAAUGAUAAGCUAAUAAA